AUGCCGAUGUCGAGUCAUAACGAGGCCGAAAUCUACACCCCCACCGACACCAUAGAUCAGUCGAUCGACGAAUACGAUACCGAAUACCCUGAUGGAGGAUCGAAGGCAUGGCUGCAAGUUUUGUCCGGCAACUUGUGUAACGCACUGUCUUGGGGACUGCCAGCCAGCUUUGGGGUGUUUCAGCUGUAUUACACCGAGACUAUGCAUCUUCCGUCCUCGCAAGUAUCAUGGAUUGGCUCGAUACAGGUCUUCCUGACAUUUGCUACCUGCACCAUUGUUGGCAGGCUAGCGGACUCCGGAUACUCACGACACUGCAUCUUCGUAGGAUGUGCGAUCAUUGUUUCAGGCACAUUCAUUACCAGCAUCUGCACCGCAUACUGGCAAAUCUUACUGGCGCAAGGGAUAUACACGGGAUUGGGAUUGGGGAUGGUCUUCAUGCCUACCGUGGCCGUCAUUGGCUGUUACUUCAAACGAAGGCGGUCGCUGGCGCUGUCGCUUUCCGCAACCGGAGGCGGAUUCGGCAGUUUGGUGUUCCCCUCCACUGUCCAGUAUCUCAUUCCCCAAGUCGGAUUCCCGUGGGCCGUACGAUGCGCCGCUUUCUUGGCCCUGAUCAUGGCAAUCAUCGCCAACGUUUGCCUAUGCCCACGCUCCAUGCCGACGAAGCCCGGCCCCUUGGUCCAACUGCAGGCUUUCAGAGAAGCGCCUUACUUUCUCUUUGCGCUGAGCGUCUUUCUCUACUUCUUAGCACUCUACUUCGGAUUCUUCUACAUCAACGCGUAUGCCCGCAACGUCGUUGGCUUCUCGUCCACCGAGGCCGUCUCACUGUUGCUCAUUACCAACGCUACGGGCAUCCCUCUGCGGCCGAUAGUAGGAUACAUCGCCGACCGCUUUCUUGGCCCCAUCAACACGUUCAUCAUUGCCAUGUCUUUUCUGGGUUGCAUGGAAUUCGUCUGGAUCAGCGUCAGAACAAGACUUGGCAUGUACAUCUUCAGCGCCUUCUUUGGAAUGGCCAACGGUGCGGCGCAGGGCAUGUUCGUCGGUGCUCUUGCCAGUUUGACAACGGACCCGCGGGAAAUGGGCGCCAGAUUCGGAAUGAUAGCUACCCUCUCGGGAUUCGCAACCCUAGCGGGGCCCCCGAUAGCGGGCGCAAUUAUUGACGCGACGGGCGGACGUUACAUCUGGGCACAGGUUUGGGCGGGGUGUAUGGUGUUGACCGGCUCUGGUUUUCUUGUGGCAGCGAGCUUGAAUAGUUCAAAAAGGAUUUAG